AUGAAUGAAGACAGAUUGCUUAUACUGGCAACUGUUGUAACCGUCAAAGAUAACAAAUUCUACUAUGCGUAUUGUAAAAUGUGUUACAGUAAAAUAUCACCACUAUCAGAGGGAAAAGGCAGCAGUUACAGAUGUUAUAAGUGUGGUUGUUAUUAUUCAGACCAUGAUAGAUGUGACAGAUAUAGAUUACAUCUGAGAAUAUCCCAUUAUGGCUAUUUGUCCGAUAUCACCGUGUUUGGAGAAUGUCUCCAACCAAUAUUUGGCAUCUCAGCUACUCAAUUAAGAAAAAUGUUGUCUACAUCAACACUUUGCUCAUCAAACACCAACAAGGAAGUGCUAUUCAGAGCGGUUGAGAAGUGUUUAAUUGGAUCCAUGUUUUAUUUUGGUUUGAAAACGGCUUCAGUUGAACAAAGUACAAGUCAGCAGAAAUCUAACUCACCAGUCAGGUUAGAACAGAUCAUCCAACAGAAUAAUUCCAAUGAUAGGAAGACAAUGCCUCUUGUGGCGUAUUUAAUGAGACGAUGCCACAUGAAAGACAGUAUGACGGUAUUCGACUGUAUCACUGAUAUCAAAACUGAUAUCAAAGCUACUGUGAGUAAAAUAAAUUCAUAUGAAGAUGAAAAUGUUACACAACCAGUGAAUGUAUCCAUGGCAACUAGUGUUUCAUCGGUUGAGGAUAUUGAUGAGAAAUUCAGUAUUGGCAUAGCAACUGCAAGUCCUUCUAUAUCCGAUUCUGCGUCUUCUCUUCUGUCAUUAUGGGAUCAAAGUGCUCCAGAGUGCAUCAUGGGAUUGGAUUGCAAAUUGAGUUUUGAAGCCAGCGGUAGAAUUGAUUUGUUACUCAACAGUAUGGGUGAAAGUGGAGACAUGGAUUAUUCCCAUAAUUCUUUAGGUGAUGAAGAAGAAAACUAUGGUAACCAAUACAUAGGACAUGAAGCUUUGUUUGGUGGUCAUAAUAUCAGUGCAUUUGAUAGGACCUUAUUAAGUGUUAAUAGCGAUAUAACAUAUAAUGGGGAUUCAUGUGCAAUGAAUUAUGCGUCAUUGUCAAAUACACAAGGAGCUCUGACUUCUGGACACAGUGAGCUGUUAAACGAACAAAAUACCAGCAGUACUAGUAAUAAUGUAUCAUUUGCUGCCCAUAAUUUAAUACCCAACGUUAAAGCAGAACAUUUUAAUAAUGUCAGUGAUGGUAAUGCUACUGCUGGAGGCGAUUCAUCCGCCUGGCAUAAUGAUACAUGUAGUAGUGAUGCUGUUGGCAGUCAGUUGUUACUACAGGGCAGCAACAUGUCUCCUUGUGUAGAUGGUUUGACUACCAGCCAUGCAAAUGAAAUCGCGGAAGCUCUGACUAUAAGCCAUGUGAAUGCAAUCACAGUUGCUGAGAAGAAUGACGAUUUGUUAUUGCAAUAUUAUCACCAAGAUAGGAACACAAAAGGUGCUGUCAAUACUGUAGAUGACGCUCAUUGUACAGUCACUAUGAACAUUGAAAAGUGUAAUAAUUACUCAUUGCCAUCAAAUGAUAAAAAGCAGUGUGUUGAAUCUUCUCAUCAGUCAGAAGCACAGUUGGAACCAGUGAUGGUAAAUGAAAAAAAUACAGAAAGGGUGAAUCGGAAUGGUUAUCCAGAAACAUGUAAUGAAAAAAUGACACAACACUGCGCCGAGAAUACCUCAGAACUUUGUCAAAUAAGGCUAACACAACAUUGUUCAAAGCAAGGCACUCAAGACCUGAAGACUCCAUCAUGUGUUCAACAGCUGACUCUUCCACUUCCAACCCAAGUCAUCUAUAACGAAAACUCGUCAGCUGAAAGUUUGGAGGCGAUAUCACUGAUGUCUGAUGAGUAUCCUACUAAUGUCUCAUUUCAAGAUGACUUACCCUAUUCCGAAGACUUGGAUAUAUUUCUACAAAAGAUUGAAAACCAAUAUGUGAAAGAAAAAACUGAAUAUUGUGAACAAAUAAUUACAAAAAACAGAGACCAUGUUGAUGCCAUAGACAAUGAAGAGAUUAAAAUAGAAAAGACAAACUCAUUUAUUGCAAUUGAAUCUAAAGAUGAAAGUCUUUUGAAAAACUCUUGCGCUAUGACUGGAAAUGAUCUGUCAAUGUGUUUUAGAAAAACAGAACACAACUUUGUGAUCCAAAACAUAAAAUCUGAGUAUGUUACUAAUAUGUCCUUUGAAAAUGACAUGCCAUACUCAGAAGAUUUUGACUUAUUCUUGCAAAAUAUUGAAAAUCAGCAUCACAAACAGGAAAGUGAGACAUCUAGAGACAAUACCACCGUUUCAUCAUCUGAUAGUCUGAUAAAGAAUAGUGAUAACAUUGACAUUGGAAAAAACUUCAGUGUAAGACAGAAUGAAAUUUGUUCAAACAUUAACGAAUCUGAAAUCACAUCCUUGGCACAAGGUAUAUACAAUGUUAAUAUUGUAGAUGGUGAUGAAGAUGGUGAUGUGUUCCAUGACAACGUUACUCAUGGAGAUAGUUUUCAUUGCAAUGAGAGUGACUAUGAAGAUAUUGCCAGUUCUUUUCAAAAUGAGAGUUGUCAAAACAAUUUUUUCAUUGGCUUAUCAAAGACGAGACAAUCCAGCAGGAGAAAAACAGUUCAUUUUGUUGAAGAGUUAAACACAAUUCACACGAUAUGGAACAUGGAUACUAACUACAGGAACUUAACUGGUCAAAGUUAUGAUUCUAGUAACAGUUCUGUUGAUUUCAUCCCGGAUUCACAGGGAAUAGACGAGAUUAAUCUGCUCGACAACAAUGAAGAUUGUCCUUGCUCACCGGAUCUAUUUUCUCCUGAUCUCUUUUCAUCCUCCAGUCAUUUUUCAAUGGACAGCAACAAUGCAAGCGAAAUAAUAAACACUCCAGAAUUGUUCUCACAAACAUGCAGACCAACAUCUUCCACACCAAAAGAUGCAGUUGUCAUGGCAACCACUCCAUCUUCAUCCGUAUUCAGUACUCCAUGUUUAUUUUCUGAGAAAUUUAGUGAUAGUCUUAACAGUAUACCAGGUACUUAUUGUAAUUCUGGUAGUUUCCAUAUGAUGAGUGGACACACGAGACGACAUGUACUCAGAUCAGCAUCAGUUGUAUUGACCCCAGAUUUGUUUGGUGGCAAAUCUUGUAAUGGUGGAUGCGAGGAUGAGAUUCUGAGUCAAGAUUUGUUUGAUGAUGUGGCCUCGGGCAAUGACAGUUCAGGUUAUGAUAGUAGCGUGUGCAAAAAACUGUUUACGAAAUGA